AUGACCGUUACACAAACGAAAGACCACGCGGUUGUUCACGAGGCAAACGGUGUCACGGCCCGUCCAACGCCUUCCACUUUCUAUGAAAGACAACCAAAUGCCUCCAUCAACCAGAUCGAGGACUACUACAAGAUGUACAAGCAGUCGAUCGAGGAACCAGAUGCCUUCUUUGGACCCAAGGCCAAGGAGUUCUUGUCAUGGGAUAGAGACUUCACCAAGGUCCAGAGUGGGUCUCUGGAGCACGGAGACUCGGCCUGGUUUGUGGGCGGUGAACUUAACGCGUGUUACAACUGUGUUGACAGACACGCCUUUGCUACGCCAGACAAACCAGCCGUCAUCUUCGAGGCUGACGACGAGUCUGAGUCUAAAACUUUGACUUUUGCCGAGCUGUUGAGAGAGGUUUCCAAGGUUGCUGCUGUGUUGAAGAGCUGGGGAAUCAAGAAGGGUGACACGGUUGCGAUCUACUUGCCAAUGACUGCUGAAGCUCUGAUUGCCAUGUUGGCCGUGGUUAGAUUGGGUGCCAUACACUCUGUUAUUUUUGCCGGUUUCUCUGCCGGUUCUAUCAGAGAUAGAAUCCAAGAUGCUGAGUGUAAGGCGGUUAUCACCUGUGACCAGGGAAAGAGAGGUGGUAGGUCCAUCCAGACAAAGAAGAUCGUGGAUGAGGGUUUGAAGCAGACCCCAUCUGUCCAGAAAGUCUUGGUCUACAAGAGAACCGGCGGUGACGUUGAGAUGACCGAAGGAAGAGAUUUCUGGUGGCAGGAAGAGUGUGACAAGUUCAGUGGCUACCUGCCUCCUGUUUCUGUCAACUCCGAGGACCCACUGUUCAUGCUGUACACAUCUGGAUCCACCGGUUCUCCAAAGGGUGUUGUUCACAGCACUGCUGGUUACUUGCUGGGUGCAGCUUUGACCACUAGGUAUGUUUUUGAUGUUCAGUCUGAGGAUGUCCUGUUCACCGCAGGUGAUGUGGGUUGGAUCACUGGCCACUCGUACGCUUUGUACGGUCCAUUGACCCUGGGUGUUCCAACCAUUGUUUUUGAAGGUACUCCCGCUUAUCCAGAUUACGGAAGGUUCUGGAAGAUUAUAGAAAAGUACAAGGCUACCCACUUCUAUGUUGCCCCUACUGCCUUGAGGCUGUUGAAGAAGGCCGGUGAAGACGAGAUCGCCAAGUACGACCUGAGUUCUCUGAGAACCCUCGGUUCUGUUGGUGAGCCAAUUGCCGCCGAGCUCUGGGAGUGGUAUGACCAGAAGAUCGGUAAAGGUUUGUGUCACAUCUCUGACACAUACUGGCAAACCGAGUCUGGAUCCCACUUGAUCGCCCCAUUGGCAGGCGCUGUUCCAACCAAACCAGGUUCUGCCACUGUUCCAUUUUUCGGAAUCGACGCCGCAAUUAUCGACCCAGUUACUGGAAAGGAGCUGGAAGGUAAUGACGUUGAAGGUGUGCUUGCUGUCAAGUCAGCAUGGCCAUCCAUGGCCAGAUCAGUCUGGAAAAACCAUUCCAGAUUCAUGGAAACAUACCUCAAGCCUUACCCAGGUUACUACUUCACAGGUGACGGUGCGGGAAGAGACCAUGAUGGCUACUAUUGGAUCAGAGGAAGAGUUGACGAUGUUGUUAACGUCAGUGGACACAGAUUAUCCACUUCUGAGAUCGAGUCUGUUCUCUUGGAGAACCAAGCUGUUGCCGAGGCUGCUGUUGUCGGUAUUUCCGACGAAUUGACCGGUCAGGCUGUCAUUGCAUUUGUUGCAUUGAAGACUGCUUCCGAUGACAUCGAGGCCUUGAGAAAAGCUCUGGUCUUGCACGUCAGAUCCAUCAUUGGUCCAUUUGCCGCUCCAAAGUCCGUUAUUAUCGUGGACGACUUGCCAAAGACCAGAUCAGGUAAGAUCAUGAGAAGAGUGCUUAGAAAGAUCACCUCAGAUGAAGCCGAGCAAUUGGGUGACAUGUCCACUCUGUCGAACCCAUCUUCAGUCGAGUCUAUAAUCAAGGCUGUGGAUGUCCAGUUCUUCAGGAGAUAG